ACCCUCUCCCGAAUCUUGAGACGCCAAACAAGCUUGAUCGAGUUCGAGAAAUCCACCCACCCCCACUCACGAGGCCAUGUACCGGGCGGCGGCGGCGGCCAUUUCGGGGUCCUCCUCGGCGCUGCGGAGGCAGCUCGCGCGCGGCGAGCAGCGGCAGUGGGCGCGCGGGUAUGCGGCGGCGAAGGAGGUGACCUUCGGCGUCGGCGCCCGCGCCGCGAUGCUGCGGGGCGUCAACGACCUCGCCGACGCCGUCAAGGUCACCAUGGGCCCCAAGGGGCGCAAUGUGAUCAUCGAGAGAGCCCAUAAAUCUCCGCAGGUCACAAAGGACGGGGUCACUGUCGCAAAAAGCAUAGAGUUCGAGGACAGCGCUAAGAAUGUCGGGGCAAGCCUGGUGAAGCAAGUUGCUGAUGCUACUAAUAAGGUUGCAGGAGAUGGUACCACUUGCGCAACUGUACUUACACAAGCAAUUCUUACGGAAGGAUGCAAGGCUUUGGCAGCAGGGGUGAAUGUUAUGGACUUGCGUAUUGGUAUAAACAAGGCCAUAAAUGCUAUCACUUCUCACCUCAAAAGUAAAGCAUGGACGAUUAAUUCCCCAGAUGAAAUAAACCAGGUAGCUACCAUUUCUGCAAAUGGUGAAAAGGAAAUUGGAGAUUUAAUAUCAAAGGCUAUGGAAAUAGUUGGAAAAGACGGAGUCAUUACUAUUGUCGAUGGCAAAACAUUGGACAAUGAGCUUGAAGCAGUACAGGGAAUGAAGCUGUCUAGAGGCUACAUAUCUCCUUACUUCGUGACUGAUCAGAAGACUAAGAAAUGUGAGAUGGAAAAUCCUUUGAUUCUUAUUCAUGACAAAAAAAUCUCAAACAUGAAUUCACUUCUUCCAGCAUUGCAAAUUUCUAUCCAGAAUCGCAGACCUCUUCUCAUUUUUGCUGAGGAUAUAGAGGGAGAAGCACUAUCAAUGCUUGUAAUGAACAAGCAUCGUGCUGGACUCAUGAUAUGUGCGGUUAAAGCUCCUGGAUUUGGUGAAAACAGAAGGGCCAAUCUGGAUGACAUGGCUGUUUUGACAGGAGGGCAGGUUGUUAGUGAGGACCAAGGUCUUGAUCUUGGUAAAGUUAAAUUACAAAUGCUUGGCACAGCUAAGAAGGUUACUGUAUCGCUUGAUGAUACUAUCAUUCUAGAUGGUGGAGGUGACAGGCAACAGAUAGAAGAGAGGUGUCAACAGCUUAGAGAAUCAUUUGAGAGCAGCACUGCUAUGUUCGACAAAGAAAAGGCUCAAGAGCGUUUAUCGAGGUUAUCUGGAGGUGUUGCCAUCCUCAAGAUCGGUGGAGCUAGUGAAGCUGAAGUUGGUGAGAAAAAAGAUAGGGUAACAGAUGCUCUAAAUGCUGCAAGAGCUGCUGUGGAGGAGGGUAUUGUACCUGGUGGUGGAGUUGCCCUUUUAUAUGCCACCAAGGUGCUUGACAAGAUUAGCACGUCACAUGAGGAUGAAAAGAUUGGAGUUCAAAUUAUCAAGAAUGCUUUGAAGGCCCCUCUGAUGACCAUAGCUGCAAAUGCUGGGGUUGAUGGUGCCAUAGUUAUUGGGAAGCUACUGGAACAAGAUAAUCCUAGUUUGGGAUAUGAUGCAGCAAAAGAGGAGUAUGUUGACAUGGUCAAGGCUGGGAUCAUCGACCCUGUGAAAGUGAUACGAACUGCACUUCAAGAUGCAGCAAGCGUUUCUCUGCUGAUGGCAACCACCGAGGCUGCAGUGUCUGAGCUCCCAGCAACUAAGGCCAGGCUUGCGAGUCGCAUGCCGCAGAUGAGCGGGAUGGGUUUUUGAAGACAGAUAUGGCAUGGUAUAUGAUUCACCUGUUCUUUGUUAAAAGACAAUCCCUGACGAUACUUAACUUUGCUCCCUGGCGGAUACAUCGAAGAGAAAUUCUCGUACUGUGGAACGAGAGGUGCAAAGAUGGCACCAAUGUGAUUUUUGGUUUUUGAACUUUGGGUUCAAUGCUGAUGUAACCUUAACUAAAUUAGGGCCCUAUUUAGGGCCCUCAUGUUUUUGUGCAAGUCUUACGGCAAAUGCUUAUUGGAUCACUGCAAUUUUUGCCCUUGUUGUCAUGGUUAACGGCUGUGUGCAGCUGCACCUGGGGAGUUGUCCCAGGCCUCUAAACUUCAACAUUGUUGUCGACCUCGACCCCAUUGUAACCAUGAGCUGUCUGUUUUACCUAUCUUUUCACC